AUGGCGAACUCUAUCCACACUUCAACUGCCCCCUGUGCUCUCCAUAUCUCUGGCAUCUCUAUUGAUUUCAGCAAUUCGGAAAAGAAUGUAGAGUCUGCUGAAGCACGGAUCAACCAGUUGUCGAAGCCAAUUGAACACGAUGCAGGAAAGACUAUGCGACAGACGUUUUCCCCACCUAUCCAGCUUUCUCUGGGGGAUACAUUUUCCCUACAUUUACGGUACAGGAGACGUUUUCGAAAGAUUGGCCAUGAAGACAUCAAUUUCGAUCUGGCUGACAUACUCCGCGCAUCUGAUGCAAGACAAGAAUACCACAAGUCUCAUGAUAACAUCAAGAUCGUGGUUGUACUUUCCGGGAACACAAUAACCGAGGCAUGGAUCCAUCACGCAGAGCAGCCUGAUUCUGCCUCCGAUACAACACUGGAGCUCCAACCCACCACCAGCGAGAUCAUUCAGAUUUGUCCUCGGUUCCGAAUUCUAGUGAUAGGAAAGACCGGUGUUGGUAAAUCUUCGCUCAUCAACCGCGCCUUCGGAGUGCACGAAGCGAUCGCUUCGACUCAUAAACCAGGCGAAGCCGACAUUGACCACGAGUUUAUAUCACCACAGAACGACAGGUUCGUUCUUCACGACAGUAAAGGUUUUGAACCGGGCGAGGAAGGCAACGUGAACAUAGUUCGAGGUUUCAUUGAACGUCGAAGAAACAUGGAUACUUUGAAAGACAAGCUACAUGCUGUUUGGCUUUGCUUUGAAAUACCCCGCGCAGGCGGGCGUUUACUGGAGACGGGCACGGAGGAUUUCUUGACAUUGAAGCGUGGUGGAAAGCUGGGAAAUAGUGAGUGGAUCAACAGCUAUCUCUCUACUAAGUUGGAGCUUACCGGUGGUCAAGUUCCUGUCGUCGUCGUUUUCACUAAAUAUGAUAGGUUCAUCAACCGCGUCGAUCGUACUCUGGAUGAAUCAUCUCUUGUGGGAUUGAGCUCCAACGCCGUCAAGGAACUCGUCAAGAACAAAGCAAACGCUGAGUUAAAAGAAAUUUGCAUCGGACCCCUAGAGAAAUUUGCAGGGUCGGAUGUCCCGUAUGCCACGGUCUCCACAAAGGAAGAGCAUGCAGAGACGCUGGCUCAUCUAAUCCAAAUAACCGAAGAGCGUGUUUGUAAGCAUGUUGCGACCGAGGCGUCGGUGAUGACUUCCAUCGCCCAGCGAGUAGAUCCUAAACUCAAAUUCAAAGCAUCAAUUGAGGUUGGCAAGAGAAGAUAUUGGAAGGCACUGGCAUCAUGUGCAGCAUUCCAAAAACGUACGAUGUGGGAGUGCCUACGUGUGCUUCACACUGACAUCGUUGCUGUGUGGAACUUCCAUGACCCUCAUGAUUACUUGUACAGCGAUGACUUCAGAAAUUUGAUGGUGAAUAUGGUCGAAAAGCUAGACGUUGGACCUACUACCAAUCCUAACAAUACUGUGGCUGUUGGACUGUCUACGGUGGGAGCAAUUGCGGGCAUCGUGGCUGUCUUAGCAGGACCUGCGGCUCCCAUCGUAGUGCCAAUAGUGGCAGGUGUGGUGAUCGCGAAAUGGGUUUACGACGUGUACCAGCUGUCCUGCGCCGUGCUCCAGCGCUUUAUAGCGUACAUUGUCGAUUUGACCCUUGUGUUGCAGAUACUUUAUCUUGUGUCGGACAGCCAGGAACUGUCUCGUAGGGUUAUCAAGCUCGCGGUCGCUUCCUAUCAUGCAUCACCAACAAGCGAAGAAGUCCAUCGUCGGAUUCAGGGGUAUGAUAGAAAUUUUACCCUCCUGGAACGCACGGACCGCGAUACCUUGGAUAAAAUCAUUGAGCUGAUGGAAUUGUAUUGCAUCGAUGCAAAGGAAGUUUCCGCUGUUCGGGCACAGAUUCCGACUGUCGAUUCACUUCCGGAUGAGUCAUGGUGA